UCAAAAUUAUGGCGACAUAAACCACACACAAUGAGCACACAUUAGCCCACAUUCUUAUUGGCAAGUAACGCUCAGCAAGCAUUGAUGCCUCGAGGUUCCAACUUCCAAUGGCCGAAGGUUUUGACUCCUGAGGAUUCGGCGUAAACAAUGUUGUCAUAUGCUCGCCACGCCAAUGCCAUUUCCCCAAGGCUCCCAACAAAUCACGCUCCUUUUCUUUCUCUUUUAAAUACAACAUCAAACACUUCAUCUUCACAUUCGUCUUCGUCUUCGUCUUCGUCUGCAGGAAUAGGACGACGACUAGCAUUUACCCAAACCCAACCGCCUUCAAUCUCAAUCUCAAUCUCAAGCCCUCUCAAAUCCCUUCGUUUUCUUUCUCGUUACGUUAAUAAGAAAAAAAGGUCUUCCGUUCGCUCUCUUUCAUUUCUUUCAAAACCUAGAAUGGGCUCGCUUUGUGCCCUGGACCUGCCCUUGCAAUACCCUGGAGUCCGCAGAGAUGAGUCUGUUAUCGAUGACUACCAUGGCGUCAAGAUUGCCGAUCCUUAUAGAUGGCUUGAAGAUCCUGACUCAGAAGAGACAAAGGAUUUUGUACAGAAACAAGUGGAACUGACACAGUCGGUUCUAAAGGAAUGCGAUAUGAGAGGUAAGCUGAGUGAAAAGAUCACCAAGCUUUUCGAUCACCCACGCUAUGAUCCACCUUAUAGGCAAGGGAAUAAGUACUUUUACUCCCAUAACACUGGGCUUCAAGCCCAAAACGUCAUCUACGUCCAGGACAGUUUGGAUGGAGAACCAGAAGUUUUGCUUGAUCCUAAUACGCUCAGUGAAGAUGGGACUGUAUCUUUGAACACACAUUCUGUAAGUGAGGACGCCAAGUACGUGGCCUAUGCCCUUAGCACAAGUGGCAGUGAUUGGGUAACAAUCAAAGUGAUGCGGGUUGAGGAUAAGAAGAUCGAGCCUGAUACUUUAUCUUGGGUCAAGUUUUCGGGCAUUUCCUGGACACAUGAUAACAAAGGGUUUUUCUACAGCCGAUAUCCAGCUCCAAAAGAAGGAGAAGAUAUUGAUGCUGGGACAGAGACCAACGCAAAUCUUUAUCAUGAGGUUUACUAUCAUUUCGUGGGUACAGAUCAAUCGAAAGACAUACUAUGCUGGAAGGAUCCUGAAAAUCCUAAAUACUUGUUUGGAGCCGAUGUUACUGAGGAUGGGAAGUAUAUAAUUCUAUCUAUUACUGAGGGUUGCGACCCAGUCAACAAAUUUUAUUACUGUGACAUGUCUGCACUUCCUCAUGGGCUUGAAGGUCUAAGGGAGAAAAAUGAUUUGCUCCCAGUUCUGAAGCUUAUCGAUACAUUUGAUGCAAUGUAUCAUCUCAUUGCAAAUGAUGACAAUCUGUUUACUUUUCUGACAAACAAAGAUGCUCCCAAAUAUAAGUUGGUCCGAGUUGAUCUAAAGGAACCAACUGUUUGGACUGACGUUCUCCAAGAAGCUGAAAAAGAUGUACUUGAAUCAGUACGUGCUGUGAAUGGUAGCCAAAUGAUUGUUAGUUACUUGAGUGAUGUGAAGUAUGUACUACAGAUUAGGGAUUUGAAUUCAGGUAACUUGCUGCAUCAAUUACCCGUUGACAUUGGCUCAGUUAGUGGGAUUUCUGGAAGACGUGAAGACAGCACUGCUUUUUUUGGGUUUACGAGUUUUCUCACCCCUGGUAUAAUAUAUCAGUGUAAUUUAGCGAACGAAAUUCCGGACAUGAAGGUAUUUCGCGAAAUUACAGUUCCUGGGUUUGAUCGCUCAGAGUUCCAAGUUGAUCAGGUAUUCAUUCCCAGUAAGGAUGGAACUGAGAUACCAAUGUUUGUCGUGGCCAGAAAGAACAUUCCUUUGGAUGGAUCACACCCGUGCUUGCUAUAUGGAUAUGGUGGAUUCAACAUUAGUAUUACGCCUUAUUUCAGUGUUAGUCGUAUUGUACUUACAAGACAUUUAGGUGCUGUUUUCUGCAUAGCAAAUAUCCGUGGUGGUGGAGAGUACGGGGAGGAAUGGCAUAAAUCAGGCUCCCUUGCUAAAAAGCAAAAUUGCUUUGAUGACUUCAUUUCUGCAGCUGAAUACCUGGUAUCUGCCGGUUAUACCCAACCCAGCAAGUUGUGUAUCGAAGGUGGAAGUAAUGGUGGGCUGCUCGUUGGGGCUUGCAUAAAUCAGAGACCCGAUCUCUUUGGUUGUGCACUAGCUCAUGUUGGUGUUAUGGACAUGCUACGGUUCCACAAGUUUACCAUAGGUCAUGCAUGGACUUCUGAUUAUGGCUGUUCUGACAAGGAGGAAGAAUUCCAAUGGUUAAUUAAGUACUCGCCUAUACACAAUGUCAGGAGACCAUGGGAACUGCAUGCAAGCCAACCUCACCAGUACCCAUCUACCAUGCUAUUGACUGCAGAUCAUGAUGACCGAGUCGUACCAUUGCACACGUUGAAGUUAUUGGCGACCUUGCAAUAUGUUCUGAGCACAAGUUUGGAGAAAAGCCCACAGACCAAUCCGAUUAUUGGUCGCAUUGAAUGCAAGGCAGGGCAUGGAGGUGGACGUCCAACCCAGAAAAUGAUUGAUGAAGCUGCUGACAGGUAUAGUUUCAUGGCUAAGAUGUUGGAUGCAUCUUGGAUAGAGUAGUAGUUUUAUCGAUGCUUGACAACAAAGAUGAAAAGAGCGAAAAAAAAAUUCAUGGCUAAGUUGGGUGCAUGCUGUAGUCGACCUCCUGGGUUAGGUUUAGCUUAGCACAGGCUAUUUUAAAGUUGAACUAUGGCGCGCAAAGCAAUACGUUAUCUUGAGCUCUGGUAGCUAUUGAUCAACACAAGAUGAAUUCAGCCUUCUAUCAAGAAGGGCUCCAUUUUCCAUUUUCCUUUUUUUUUCCUUUUACCUUCUAAAUUUGUAAGGGAUCUUGUUCUAUAUGUUCUAUAGAUUACUCUUGGACAAUUAAUCUCGAUAUUCCUAAAUAAUCAUUUUAUAUUGUA